UCUCAACAAGAUCAUACCUUUGACACACGAGAGGCACGGUUCGCAUGAUCAUUCCCUAGAUCAUCUAGGCUGAACCUUCAUCCUGCUCCUCACUCAUGAUUCCUGCACCAUGCCCUUCUCAUUCGCUUCUAAUUCCUCCCAUCGAUUGACAUUCAGAUCUUCAUCUACCAACGAGCCCAAGCUUACCCCUUCGCCUCCUUCUAGAGUCAUCAACUUCUACACCUUGGACGAUCUUGGACCUCUCCCUCGAAUCCAACAACGACCUCUAUCCACUCGCCACCGUAUAGCCCAAGCCUCUCAGCCCCAACGGCACGCUUACCGAUCUCUCGAUUCGACGACUUCUCACCCUGCCAUCAUGUCAUCUCGACCUGGUUCGUCUCAUCGGCCGAACCAUAUCUCUCUCCCUCCGAACGACAUGACCUCUCCCGCUGGAUCUCCUAGACCGCCAGCUUCUCCCACAUCGCCCCGAUCGUCUUUCCUUCCGAGUUUCAUGAGGACACGAUCACGUACCAUCACUCAGACGAAUCGUCCCACUACUGCUUCAGGGGACUCACCUCAAUCGCGUGAACCUUCCAAUGGCCCCCCCUCAGGACUGACAGGGGCAAAUACAGUCACUCGAAGUGUCAGUACGCCUGUCUCUGGAGGCAUGAGCGCUGCAGCUUCACAACCGACUCCAGCGCCUCAGCCUUUACCGACCGAGCCUGCGGAAUCAAAGACCCAUCGAAUUCGCUUGGUCCCUCACCUCGAGACCUCCAGAUCAUUAGCAUUCGACCCGGUCGUCCGAGAAGUUUUACCUAUCAUCGUCCCUCCCGGUGUAACUCCAUCAGCAGCUGCCGCCUCAAUCACAUCGGUCGGACCAGCUCUCAACGGAAAGCCACCGGCUCUCUUGCUCAAGAUCGGCCGUUUCACAGACAAGUCCCAGCUUCCCGUACCGCAUACAGCCGCUUCGAAUGGCGGGGUGAGCGGAAGCAAUGCCACGAUCGGCCCGAAUGGUCAUGCAAGUGGUUCCGGCGCUGGCACUGGCAGUGCUCCGGUCACUGCGUCACUGACCAUUGCCGGAGGUGGUGGAGACAUUUGUUCACCCAAAGUCGCGUUCAAAAGUAAAGUCGUCAGUCGAUCUCAUGCGGAGAUAUGGUGUGAGCCGGGCGGAAAGUUUUUCAUCCGCGAUACCUCCAGUAGUUCUGGUACCUUUUUGAAUCACAUUAGAUUAUCCAGUCCGAAUACCGAAUCGCGACCGACCGCAUUAAACGAUGGCGAUGUAUUGCAGCUCGGAGUCGAUUAUCAGGGCGGUAUGGAAGACAUGUUCCGCUGCGUCAAAAUGAGGGUCGAGCUGGGAAGGGAAUGGCAGAGGGCAGCGAACGAGUUCAAUACGAAUGCUCUGAAGCAGCUCAAAGCGCUAGGCGGGGACGUCAAGGGCAAAUCGGUGGAUUCGCCCGUUUCUGCAUCCAAAGGACGGAAAGCGAGCGUCACGGAUUGCUGCAUCUGUCUCUUUUCCGUGACAGUGUGCCAAUCGCUCUUCAUAGCGCCAUGUUCUCACGUUUUCCAUUAUAAGUGUAUUCGGCCGCUUCUUCAACAGCACUAUCCGGGUUUCUCGUGUCCCCUGUGUCGCACUUUUGCCAAUCUCGAAGAAGACGUCGAAAUGGAAGACGCUUGGGAGAUUGCGUCUCGUCGAGCAUCGGUCAUAUCUCGUCGGCCUUCGAAUCAUUCAAUCCGCUUGCCGCAUCCAGCGGACGAUGCGCCUCAUCAGACCGCUUCGAGUCCAAUGGAGGGGCAACCGAGCACAGGCAUUGUGAUUGAUGGUCAAGACACCAAUGUGGAACAGCUUCUGUCCGGUGGACCUAACGACGAAGAGGACGACAAUGCUGAUGUGGAGGUUUCACCUCGUGCCAUGUUCCAUCGUCAAGCUACUGCAGUCGAGCCUCAUGUCCUCUCGUCGCAAGUCUCAGACGAUGUCGAUAUGGCACCCCAGACUCCCGGCCCCUUGUCGCCAAUGGCCAUCGACCUGACGCAUGACUCGACUGCGCAUCCCAAUGGAGCCGACGGGCAGACACUGAGCGUGGCGAUCCCUCAAGCCUCGUCAUCAGUGGACAAUACGAGUUCCUUUGACUCUCAGACCCCUCGAAACGAGACGUUCUUGUCGACUCUCGCGCCAGGUGUUCAUCAGCGAUUAGACUUGGCCAGACAAAUGGACAUGCUAGGCAGGGAUGAAAGUUUGCCUGAAAUCACCGAAAGAGAAGGCGAAGAAGCUAUGAACGAGGAGGAUGAAGAAGAAGAAGUAGUAGAUUCAGGCACCGCGUCUCGACCAAAGUUGUCCUCUGGCAUUGUUAGAGGUGAAAAUCCUGAUUCCGGGUCUGGGAGUAGAACGGAGAGUGAAGGUAUGGAGGGUGAACGAGGGGAUGAUGGAUGGGUUCAGUUCGAUACGGAUGAGCAUGGGAUAGGCUCAGGGAGUCGUCGGAGGGACGACGUGACUUUGAUCCCGGCGUAGGUUGCAAAACGUGUGUAGUCAGAAAAGAGGAGGGACCAAUUCUCCAGAACUCCUCAGGUUCACCCUCUCUUAUGCCCCUUGAGACUCUUCUUUCUUUUCUCGUUGUAAGCUUGACUUCUCUUUGAUUCUUCAUUCUUUCCCAACCAUUGUAGACAAUACUCGUAGCAUCAUGCCAGUAGAAAACCAUCGCCUCAGGUCUCCAGUCGAUCGGCUA